AUUUAAGACCUCUCUGUGACCUGAAGGGGGCAGCAUUGUUCCAUCUUCGUUUCCUUGGUGACCACGAAGAAGAAACUCAAAUCCAUCAUGGCUGCCAACAAGUUAGCAUGUUUGGGGUUAAAUGCCCUUUACUCAACGAUCUGCGCACCCAAACAGGCGCUGAGGAGCUGCUGGGGAGCAGUGGAGCAAGCCAGAUGCUAUUAUGUUGACUGGAGGAUGCUGAGAGACGUCAAGAGAAGACAGAUGGCUUUUGACUACGCUGACCAGAGGUUACGAAUUAAUUCUCUGAGGAAGAACACUAUCCUACCCAAAGAGCUUCAGGAGCUGGCAGACAAAGAGAUUGCAGCGCUACCCAGAGACAGCUGCCCAGUGAGGAUACGUAACAGGUGUGUGUUGACUUCCCGUCCUCGAGGAGUCAAGAAGAGAUGGCGGCUGAGUCGUAUCGUUUUCCGCCAUCUUGCUGACCACAAUCAGAUGUCUGGGAUCCUGAGGGCAAGGUGGUGACUCUGGACAAUGUCAGUCAGACUAAUGACAGGCUGUUGAUGUGUUCAUGAGGAGGAGGCCAUGAUGUAAUUCAUUUAUGUUCAUUAUUCUACAUUUUUCCUUUCCUGUGGCAAAUUAUAGACGUUUAAAAUGCUAAUAAGGAAAAUACUCCCUCAAGGUUCAGAUGUCUAUUCACUUAUUGUGCAUCAAUAAAAGUAUCAAAGUA